AGUAUUAAGGGCACUAUUAGGGGCAUACCCCUCCCUCUAAUCUCUCUCUAAUCUCUGUAAUUUAUCCCUAAUCACCCAACAGAGAAUCUCACCACCUUCACUCUCGUUGCGUUCCCAUGCCCUUCACUCAUACGCUUCCAUUCGCUUCCAUGAAUUCAUCUGCAGGUGUGGAUCCAUUGACCAAUGGCCUCAAAACCAACCUGUCCCUCAAUCCAUCAUCUAAUGGCAACGCCUCCAAUGCCAAACCCUCAGCCAAGCAACCGUUUUUCAUCGGUGUUGCUGGUGGGACUGCGUCCGGAAAAACUACCGUCUGCAACAUGAUCAUCUCCCAGCUGCGCGAUCAGCGUGUUGUUCUCGUAAAUCAAGAUUCGUUUUAUCAUUCCUUGGAUGCUGAGAAACUGAAAAGGGUUCAUGAGUACAAUUUUGAUCAUCCCGAGGCAUUCGACACAGAGCUUUUGCUUUCUUGCAUGGAGCACUUAAAGCGCGGACAGGCAGUCAGCAUCCCGAAUUAUGAUUUUAAGACUCAUCAAGCUAUAGAACCAACUCGGAAGGUUAACCCCCCAGACAUCAUCAUUUUAGAAGGAAUACUUGUUCUCCAUGACCCUCGCGUCCGUGAUCUCAUGAACAUGAAAAUAUUCGUCGACACAGUUCCACCAGUGCAGAUUCUGAUGUACGCCUUUCACGGAGAAUUCAACGUGACACAGUUGAAAGAGGCAGAAAUAUCGAGAAUGUGCUUGACCAAGUUGUAUGCCAGAUUCGUGAAGCCUAGUUUCGAAGAGUUCAUACUUCCCUCGAAAAAAUAUGCAGACAUCAUCAUUCCUCGAGGAGGAGAUAACGAUGUUGCAAUCGACUUGAUUGUACAACAUAUUCAUACAAAGCUAGGCCAGCAUGAACUGUGUAAAAUAUAUCCAAACAUCGUCGUUAUACAUUCAACGUUUCAGAUACGGGGAAUGCACACCCUAAUUCGCGAUGCCAAAACAACGAAGCAUGACUUCGUCUUUUAUGCAGACCGUCUUAUUCGCUUGGUUGUGGAGCAUGGACUAGGUCAGCUUCCCUUCAAAGAAAAGCAGAUCAUUACCCCAACAGGAACUGUUUACAGUGGAGUUAUUUUCUACAAACAUUUGUGCGGCGUUUCAGUCAUUAGAAGUGGAGAAAGCAUGGAGAAUGCACUUAGAGCAUGCUGCAAGGGUAUUAAAAUCGGAAAAAUCCUCAUCCAUGGAAAGGGUAACGAUGGCCGAGAGUUGAUCUAUGAGAAGCUACCAAAAGAUAUCGCAAGCCGGCAUGUGUUAUUUCUUGAUCCUGUUCUGGCUUCAGGAUACUCCGCCAUCAAAGCGAUAUCUCUGCUGCUCAGUAAGGGCGUACCUGAAACGAACAUCAUCUUCCUUAACCUCAUAGCAGCGCCACAUGGAAUACAUGCCAUCUGCAAGAAAUUUCCGAAGCUAAAACUCGUUACAUCGGAGAUCGAUGAAUCUCUGAACGACGACUUGCGCGUGAUCCCGGGCAUGGGAGAGUUCGGAGACCGUUACUUCGGCACAGAUAACGAAGGAGAAGGUACCAUUUCAAGUUCAAGGACGCCGAAAUAAAAGUUCCUUUGGCGAUGGAGGAGCUGAUGGCGUUGCAUGCUCAACUUCGUUCCAUUGUCUAAUAAUUUUGCGACCGCUUAGUUUUUGUUCAACAAAUUGUGUAGUCAAUGAGCAUGGACAUAUCCACAAGCCUACAACCUUGGCUUUUGUGGCCGAAACGUUUAUUUUUCUCCGGCAGGUGGUCGAAGUGUUCUUUUUUC